AUGCCUCGACCAAAGCCAGGAGAGCCACCGCUGUUCAGAGGAGCGUUGGACUGCGUGAAGCAAACAGUCGCCAAAGAGGGUUUCUUCGCGCUUUAUAAGGGAAUGGCCGCUCCACUGGCCGGAGUAAGUCCCCUGUUUGCGGUGUUCUUUGCCGGUUGUGCCGUUGGUAGACAUCUGCAGACGUCGGAUCCAAAUCAGGAAAUGACGUUUAUCCAGAAUAUGAACAGUGGUGCGUUGGCCGGUGUGUUCACAACUAUCAUUAUGGUGCCUGGCGAACGAAUCAAGGGUGGCGUACGAUCUCGGAGUUUUUACUUAUUUUGUCACGUUGAACAUCUUCAUGAUCAAAGGUGCAAUCCUCAAGGCCACGCUCCGUCGGUAGUGACAUUCAAAUGGCCUUUGGAUGUAUCGGCGCGACUAUAUAGCAACGGUGGACUCACCAGCUCUCUAUACCAGACAGGAACCGAUAUACCAGCGAGUGCGGCAUAUCUAUCAGUGUAUGAGUUCCUCAAGAAGAAAUUCUCUGGUGAAGGCGCUCAACGUACAUUGUCACCUGGCUCAACAUUGCUGGCUGGUGGACUUGCCGGAAUUGCUAAC